GGGUGGGAGCGGAAGCACAGGCCGCAGGCGGUGAGAGUGAACGAGUCCGGGCCGGGGGCCGGGAUCGGGAUCGCCGCCAUGGGGAACCGGGGGAUGGAGGAGCUGAUUCCGCUGGUUAACAAGCUGCAGGAUGCCUUCAGUUCCAUCGGGCAGAGCUGUAAUCUCGACUUGCCGCAGAUCGCUGUGGUGGGCGGGCAGAGUGCCGGCAAGAGCUCGGUACUCGAGAACUUCGUCGGCAGGGAUUUCCUUCCUCGUGGCUCAGGGAUUGUCACUCGCCGACCGCUCAUUCUGCAGCUGAUCAAUGCAAAAACAGAACAUGCUGAGUUCCUGCACUGCAAGGGGAAGAAGUUUACAGAUUUUGAUGAGGUUCGGCAGGAGAUCGAAGUUGAGACAGACAGAGUCACCGGGAGUAAUAAGGGGAUCUCAGCAAUUCCUAUUAACCUAAGAGUGUAUUCUCCACAUGUUUUAAAUUUGACUCUGAUCGAUUUGCCGGGCAUCACCAAGGUGCCUGUUGGUGACCAGCCUGCCGACAUUGAAUACCAGAUCAAGGAAAUGAUCAUGCAGUUCAUCAGUAAGGAUAACUGUCUCAUCUUGGCUGUCACUCCAGCAAACUCUGACCUUGCCAAUUCAGAUGCACUGAAGAUCGCGAAGGAGGUGGACCCACAAGGUUUAAGGAUCAUUGGUGUGAUCACUAAGUUGGAUCUAAUGGAUGAAGGGACGGAUGCGAGGGAUAUUCUAGAAAAUCGUCUCCUGCCUCUCCGUAGGGGUUACAUUGGUGUGGUGAAUAGAAGUCAGAAAGACAUAGAUGGGAAGAAAGAUAUCCGUGCAGCCCUUGCAGCUGAAAGGAAGUUUUUCCUGUCGCACCCCUCAUACAGGCAUAUGGCUGAUCGCAUGGGGACUCCGCAUCUGCAGAAGAUACUGAACCAGCAACUGACAAACCACAUCCGUGAAACCUUGCCUGCAUUACGAAACAAGCUGCAGAGCCAGAUGCUUUCCCUGGAGAAGGAGGUAGAGGAAUAUAAAAACUUCCGACCAGAUGAUCCCACAAGAAAAACCAAAGCACUCCUCCAGAUGGUGCAACAGUUUGGGGUGGAUUUUGAGAAGAGAAUUGAAGGCUCGGGGGACCAAGUGGAUACAGUCGAACUGUCUGGUGGUGCAAGAAUUAAUCGUAUCUUCCAUGAGCGGUUCCCGUUUGAGCUUGUGAAGAUGGAGUUUGAUGAAAAGGAUCUGAGAAGAGAGAUCAGUUAUGCAAUCAAAAAUAUCCAUGGCGUUAGAACGGGGCUGUUCACCCCGGACUUGGCGUUUGAAGCAAUUGUGAAAAAGCAGGUGGUGAAGCUGAAAGCUCCGUGUUUGAAGUGUGUGGACAUGGUAAUCCAGGAGCUGGUAAACACAGUCAGACAGUGCACACUGAAGCUGAACUCCUUUCCCAGGUUACGAGAAGAGACAGAGAGAAUUGUAACCACUCAUGUUCGAGACCGUGAAGGAAAGACCAAGGAUCAGAUACUUCUGCUGAUUGAUAUUGAAUUAUCUUACAUCAACACAAACCACGAGGACUUUAUUGGAUUUGCCAAUGCACAACAAAGGAGCAGUCAGCUAGCAAAGAAACGGACGGUUCCCAAUCAGGGUGAGAUCUUGGUCAUCCGCAGGGGCUGGAUCACUAUCAACAACAUCAGCCUCAUGAAGGGUGGUUCAAAAGAAUACUGGUUCGUGCUGACAGCAGAAUCACUCUCCUGGUAUAAGGAUGAUGAGGAGAAAGAGAAGAAGUACAUGCUGCCCCUCGACAACCUGAAGCUGAAGGAUGUGGAGAAAGGUUUCAUGUCCACUAAGCACAUCUUUGCACUCUUCAACACUGAACACAGAAACGUUUAUAAAGACUACCGGCAGAUAGAGCUGGCCUGCGAGUCCCAGGAGGAUGUGGACAGUUGGAAGGCUUCUUUCCUGAGAGCUGGGGUUUAUCCAGAGAGGGAGAAUGCAGAAGACGAGGAGAGCGGAAGCACUUCAGACACGUUUUCGAUGGACCCUCAGCUGGAACGACAAGUGGAGACGAUUCGCAACCUGGUGGAUUCCUAUAUGGGCAUUGUCAAUAAGUCAAUCAGGGAUCUGAUGCCAAAGACCAUCAUGCACCUCAUGAUCAACAAUACCAAGGACUUCAUCCACUCGGAGCUGCUGGCCUUCCUGUACUCCUCCACGGACCAAAACAGCUUAAUGGAAGAAUCGGCUGAACAGGCACAGAGACGUGAUGAGAUGCUGCGGAUGUAUCACGCUAUCAAGGAAGCGCUCCACAUCAUCGGGGACAUCAGUACCAGCACCAUCAGUGCGCCGCUGCCCCCACCGGUCGAUGACUCCUGGCUGUCCACUCCGUCAGCGGGGCACAGCCCGAAGCUUCAGCGCCGACCGCACCCUGCAGCGGGACCACCCAGCAGACCGCCUGGGGUACGAGGACCAACCCCGGGACCCCCGCUGAUCCUGACCCCGGUGCAGGCUUUCGGAGCCCCUCCCAUUCCAUCGAGGCCCGCUCCCACAAACGAUGCCUUUGGGGCCCCGCCCCAGAUUCCCUCCCGGCCGGCACGGAUUCCACCUGGACCGCCGGGGCUGCCCAGCAGAAGACCGCCCGCUGCUCCAAACCGGCCCACAAUUAUCCGGACAGCCGAGCAUUCCCUACUGGAUUAAACAGUGGGAUUUAUCCUGUGAAGCAUUUUCUUAUAGGCUAUAGUUGAUUAGCCCUACUUUUUUUGCGUAUUUAACCGCUGAGGGGCAGUAGCGGUGUGAAACACAGGAUCCACAGGGCUGCAUUUACCCAAGUGUAAUCCCGACCUUGCCUUUUCACACAAGCUGGAAGCACUAAGAUGACCUUAACUGAACUUUAUUUAAACAAAGAUUUACCUCUUGGUUUUGUUGUUUUCCCCCAACACCAGACUCUAGGAAGCGGUAUCUCUCACUCACUGCUCCUUUGAUGUGCCCUCUUGAGAAACUUUGCACUUGCCAAAUUGUUUUAUGCCUUUGCCCGCUCCCUGGUUUACAGAACCACUGUAUGUGAAUGAAUUCUAACCACAUGACUUGCUGUCUCUGGGCACUUGUGUUGUGACUGCCUCCCGAACUGAAAGCCAGUACUUCAGGCACCAUGCUCCGUCCCAUCGCUGUUCCACUGCUGCUGGGUGUAUGGCAGCCUUGAGGGCUCCAGGAUCCGGAAUGAGAUCCGUGGCGUUGAAUGAUUUUGUGCAAAGUGGAUUUGGGAUCAUGACCAGAAUGCUCUGACAUUGGAGUGGUCAGUAAGCAGGGGUCGUGUUAGAGGAAUUAAUAGGAUGAGGGAGUGUAGUAGCAAAUUAACCCCUUUUGACGUAUGAGGGGUUAUAAGGUGGGAAGCACCUGGUGGAGGUUGAGGGGAUGAACGCGAAGCAGUGGCGGUAAAGAGUGAGUUCUCUGACUGGGAUGACCGUUGAGGGACACACAAGAGGGACACUUGCUGGCAAAGAUGCCCAGGUGUUAUGAGAGCGGACCCUGGGUUCGCUGCUGUGAGUCGUCACCAACUACAAGCGCAGCUUUAUAAUUAGCUGAUGAAUUCUCUGCCAAGAGGAUACAGCAACGUAAUCUGAUUGCCAUUUGAAUCUUAGAUUCCAGUCACCUUAUAUGUAAUAUAGAUGAGUUUAGAGUUGUUGCUGCAGGUAAGGUCACCCUUCUUCCUCUCGGUACUGCCUUUGUGCCUGAUUUAUUUCUUGUUGAGUACUGCCCAGGAAGAGGAUUAGAUUGGUAAAUUGACCUAACACCACAUCCUGAACCCAUGCCAUAGCUUCCCUUCAAGCUCUUGCAAGUGAGGCUCAGUCAGUUCUUGCAAGCCCUGAAAUGAAUUUCAUGAUGGAAAUUAGAUGUCCACAGUGUAGGUGGGAUUGGUGAAUCUGAUUCUUAACCUGCCCUUUGUCUGUGCUUUGUCCCAGUUUUUCUAGCAUUGUUUAUGAAGCUGGAAUCCAUUUUCCUGGUUAAAUUAUUUUCACAAGCACAUAUUCGUGAUGUAAAUAGCCUGUUCAUUGAUUGUAGCAAUAUUCUGCUGGGGCUGUGUGGCCAGAUGUUUGGGGCAGCUGCUGCUGAACAGUGAACUGGGCAUUAACUUCUAAUCUACAGCAUUCUCUGUGCAAGUUGUGGGAGUUAAAUACCAGUCAUUCAGGUAGGUCAAAAAAAAAUUAGGAACAAUUUAAGAGUAGAGAUUCCUCUGGUCUGUAAUCAGCUCUCCCUCUCCUCUCCCUGGCAUACUCCCCCACUCACCAUCCCUAAAUCCCACCAAAUUUCAAAAUGUCCAGGGUAAGAUUGUCCAAAGCAGAAUGGAACAGCAUUUGAGAGUCCUCUGUACAUUUGAUGGGAGUGGGUUAAAAGCAAUGUUCACCCAGCCUUCCCCAAGAAAUCAUUCUCAAAUAUCCUAAUGGUCUUACUGUCCUGCUGUGGUGGGAGCAGUUUUAUAUAAAAGUAUAUAUAUUAGUUAUUGAAUCAAAACUAAUUUCUCUCACUUUUAGAGGGAGAAUUUGCUGGAGGCACUUGGGUAUAAUCCUUGAAACAUUAUCACCAUUGCGAUUAAGAGAACAUAACUCAUGCAAUGUGGGACAGGGGGUUCCACCAGGUUUCGGGAGAUUAGCACCAAACUCCUGUUGGUUUUUGUAAUAUAAAUGGCAAAUUCUGAUCACUGAUCUUUCCAUAAACUAUAAUUUCUAGAGGGAAAAAAGAUAACUGAAUUAAUUAACUAUUUUACAAAGUAGUGACUGAGAUCUUUUGCAAUGAUUAUUUCAUCAAAUGUUCAGAUCAGGGUUCUGCCUCAAUUAACAGAUACCUGAAUGUUCUCUCUCCUGCUGUGUGAUUCUAUUGACUGUUAACUGAUUUGAAAUGAAGUGCCUGCAUUCUGUAUGGUAAUGAAUUGAAAUAAAGGGAUCUACAGUAGAAGGAGCUUUUUCCUUGUGUCUCUUUGUCUUCCGUUUUCCUCUGGCUUUGGGUUCCAGGAAAUGGUGGAGGUGCUGGUGAAUAAAAGUUUAACUAGAUGAUGGAAAUUGGAAACUUAAAAAGUUGCUGGAAACACUCAAGGAUUAAGCAGCAUCUGUGGUAGGAGAAAGUUAAUAUUUUGGGUCCAGCGUCCACCACUUUCCGUUUUAGUGGGAGUUUGGGGUUGAGGUGAGACAUGUACUCAGUGGCCACUUUAUUAGAUACAGGAGUAGAACCUGCUGCUGUAACCCAUCCACAAAAAGGUUUGACGUGUUGUGCAUUCAGAGAUGCUCUUCUGCACACCAUUGUUUGUAACAUGGCUAUAUGAGUUACUGUUGCCUUCCUGUCAGCUUGAACCAGUCUGGCCAUUCUCACAAGACAUUUUCACCCACAUAACUGUCGCUCACUGGAUGUUUUAAUUGUUUCUCACACCACUCUCUGUAAACUCUAGAGACUGUGGUGUGAGAAAAUCCCAGCAGAUCAGUAGUUUCUGAGAUACUCAAACCACCCCAUCUGGCAUGAACGUUCCAUGGUUAAAGUCAUUUAGAUCACAUUUCUUCCCCAUUCUGAUCUUUGGUCUGGACAAUAACUCUCAACCAUGUCUGUAUGCCUUUAUGCGCUGAGUUGCUGCAGCAUGAUUGGCUGAUUAGAGGUGUGCAGGUGUACCUAAUGGUCUGGCCACUGAGUGUGUGCACAAAGGAAAAUGCUACCAUUAAACAUUCUGAGUGGGUUUAACGCGGUUUUCGAUCUUGUUGACUACUCAGGUUAUUGGGACUGUUGAUGCCCUUUACCUUUCUGAUCUUCACAGUCACGAUUUUCAGAACGCACUGUUUCCUGUGUUCAAAGUGUAGGUUGGUACUUCAGAAGAGUUAAUCUAAAAUGAUAGUCAUACUAUCAUACAAAGGGCCAUUCAGUGCAUCGUGACUGUGCUGUGAGUUUGUUUUGUUAAGACUGCAU